AUGACAAAAAAAGCCAUAUGGAAUGGUCAAAUUCUUGCUGAAAGUGAUAAAACAAUUGUCGUAGAAAAUAAUCAUUAUUUUCCGCCGGAUUCAAUUAAAAAAGAAUUUUUCAAGGAUUCAAAUACUCAUACAACAUGUGGUUGGAAAGGUGAAGCAUCUUAUUAUACAAUAGCUGUUGAUGGUAAAGAAAAUGCAGAUGCAGCUUGGUAUUAUCCAAAUACAAAAGAAGCAGCUAAUAAUAUUAAAGGUUAUAUUGCAUUUUGGAAAGGUGUUAAAGUUGAAUGA